CAGUUGUUGCUGGCAUUCCGCUAUUUGUUUGCACGAAAGGCUCGACGCGCUACCUGGUGUACACGAGGGGCCUUUCUGCCGGAUAUAAGUGUCCGUUCUAAAUUGCGUUUCAUUUUUCACCCACAAUGCCUCCACGGUUACGUCUCGCAAAUGCGCGGGUUCCUCAACCCGCCCGGGGCCAGAGGCUCCUCUGUCAGUUCGAUAUUUCUACCUCAAUUCGAUGUGCUAGUACGGCAACGACACCUGCUCCUUCGGUCGAGCAAAUGACCGUCUCUCCUCCUCCAAUUGCCAGGUUUCCUCCCUCACAGCCACCAUCGCAUCGCAAGCCCGAGUUCAGACGUUCACAGCUUCUCCGGCAAUACACCUCUCUUAUCCGCACCACUCCCCUUAUGGUCUUCCUUCAACACGACAACCUUCAAGCAGUUGAGUGGUCUGCGAUCCGACGCGAAUUGAACAAAGCCAUGCAGAAGGUGGACGAUAAGAUUGCCGCAGAAGGCCGGAGUACUCCGCCCUUGGCUCCCCAUAUCAAGGUCCAAAUCAUCCAGACAGGCAUCUUCGAGGUUGCUCUACGUAUCGUGGAAUAUUUUAGACCUAGCCAAUCAACACUGGAAAAGGGCAAACCCCCCAGCGCAAACGACCCAGCUACACAGACAUCCGCCGAGAUCUCGCUUGCCGGAUCCAGGGACGACCCAACCUUGACGCACGAUCUCUCGCGUACUGCCCAGGCCGCUGUGCGCAAUAUGAAGGGAAAGCAUGAGCUGUCCACUCUUCUUGUUGGUCCUAUCGCUGUGCUCUCCAUUCCGCAAAUGUCCCCAGAGCAUUUGAAGGCUGCCAUGUCCGUUCUGGCUCCCAAGGCAUUCGGCUACCCUGCGCCCACUCGAAGAGCGAACCCGGAUUGGCACGAAUUUCCUGUGCAGAAUGGUCUGAACAAGUUAAACGUCCUUGCUGCUCGUUUGGACAACCAGCUGUUUGAUGUCGAUCAGGCGAAGUGGGUCGGAAGUAUUGAGGGUGGUAUUGACGGUCUGCGGUCUCAACUCGUUAUGGCGCUGCAAAGCAUGGGAUCUAGCAUUACGAAUGCCCUGGAGGGAGCUGGGAAGAGUUUGUAUUUCACUCUCGAGAGCAGGAGAAGUGUACUUGAGGAUGAACAGAAGGGUGGCAAUGGUGAGGGUGAAAAUAAAGCAGAGUAAGCUGCGCUGCUGUCUUGGACAUCUACCUGUAUAAUAAGGACCUGUACUUUUGAGAUUGUUUGUAAAGAUUACGAUUGACUUCUAGGGGGACCCUCUCUUGUGUUAGCCCUAAAUAUCAAAUUUCUUAACCCAUAAAAACUAGAUAAUCCUCUGUAGAAAUUAAAACAUAACUA